AUGGGGCCAUUUAGCAAAUUUUUUGCUCCAAGAACAAUUCCUGGCUCUCAACCUUCUAUUAAGAGUGCUAUGUGUUCAAAGGAAAUGAUUGACAAAGUAAAAAUGGUUAUAGCAAAUUGGUGGUAUGAUGCUAAUUUACCUUUCAAUGCAUCUCAAUCCAAGUUUUAUCAACCAGCUAUAGAUGCUAUAGUUGCCAUCGGGCCAAGAUUCAAGGGUCCUUCUUUACAUGAGUUGAGAGGAAAUUUGUUGAAAAAUUCUGUGACUGAGGUUCAGAAUUAUCUCUUAGAUAUUGAAACAUCUUGGAGGGAUAGUGGUUGUUCACUAAUGGCAGAUGGUUGGACAAGCCAGAGGCAACAACCAAUAAUUAACUUUUUGAUUUAUUGCCCAAAGGGUACAAUGUUUUUGAAGUCUAUUGAUACAUCGGGCCUUAGAAAAGAUGCUGAAAUAUUAUUUAACAUUUUUGAUGAAGUUGUUCAAGAAGUUGGGGUGGAGAAUAUUGUGCAAUUCAUAACGGACAAUGAUGCGAAUUUGAUGUUAGAGAAUUUUUGUGAUCCCAGACAUUUUCCUAUUAUUGAUGAAACUAUAAAGAAGGCAAGAAAGAUAACGAAAUUCAUUUAUAACCAUGCUUGGGUUUUGGCUUUGAUGAGAAAGGACUUCACUAAAGGUCAUGAUUUAUGUCGCCAUGCAGUCACAAGCGAGCCUUUGGUUCGAGUACUACGACUUGUCGAUGGGGAUGAGAAGCCUGCAAUGAGAUACUUGUAUGAUGCAAUGGAGAAAGCCAAAGAGAAUAUAAAAGCAAGAUUGAAGAACAAAGUUUCUGCAUUUAUGCCAUUCAUCAGGGUCAUUGAUGCUAGGUGGGAUAAGCAGCUUCAUAGUCCAUUACAUGCAGCAGGUUGUUUUCUUAAUCCUGGAAUUUACUUUAACCCUUGCUUUAAGAGUAAAAAUGAUGUUUCUAGAGGGUUUAUGACUUGUGUUGUAAAGAUGGAACUUGAUAUUGAUAAGCAAGAUGAGAUCAUUUAA